CAGAGCUCAUUCAAUCACGGCCUGUGCGAAUGAUCCCUCGCAUCCUGUGGCAUAUGGGGGCGGGAGUGCUGCGCCGCAAGCUGACGCCGCAAGUACCCGGAGCGCUGUUGCGCUACCCCGGCGUAUGGAAGACACGAGCGUCAUUGAAGGACUGCAACUUCACUGGCAAGCUGCCGGAGAACGCCUAUUAUCGCAGCAUGGAGCUGGCCAUCUGGUACGGCUGUGGUGCUCAAGGAAUUUUGCAUGCAUGCGCUCGCAACCGCUGGUACUUCGUGUUUGGAUCGCAAGGGAUCCGCCACUUUAAGGACAUCAAGCUCUUUCAGCGCUACGAGGUGCAUACACGCAACGUGUAUUGGGAUGACGACUGGCUCUUCCUUUUGGCGCAGUUUAAGUGUCCCGAGACGGGCGAGAUCUUCGCCGAAGGGCUGUCGCGCUGCAUGUUGCGCCAUGGUAGGGAUAGAGUGGACUCGAGGCUGCUAUACGAGGAAAUGGGCGUGGACGGGUUGCCCCACCAGCACGAAAUACCAGAGGUCGUCCAAAGGUUCCUGGAGUGGGACGCAGCUACGGAAGUCGACAUGAAAACGACAACCGAGGCCAAUGCUGCUGCUUUUGCUUCUAGUCAGAAGCCAAGCUUCUUGUCCGCGUACUCAAUGAAUCUGCCCUUCCAGGGACAUGUUCAUGGCCACGGACACCACGUGAACAGCGACUCCUCGUGAUGAACUGGCGUACCAAGACGGGUCAUGCUGGGAAAUUGAACUGAGCAAAGUUGUACAUACGCUCACGUUUUGCAAACCUUUCGAUGGUGUGAGCUAACUGUAACAGGCAACAAUGUCCAUCGAA